AUCGAAUUGCAAUAACAAUAUUUCACAAGCCGCAGUCGUUUGCAAGUUUUUAUUAAUUUAAUUGAGCAAAAAUGUCGGAAACCAGUUCCAAGGAAAACGUCAAGACCGCAAUGACAUACAUUUGUGGCGAAUGCCAUCACGAGAACGAGAUGCGUCCGCGUGAUCCCAUACGUUGCCGCGAGUGUGGCUACCGUAUCAUGUACAAGAAGCGCACCAAGCGUCUUGUCGUUUUUGAUGCACGUUAAAGUUAUCUGGACCGCAAUUAACCGGGAUUAAGAACUAUUUCUGGAGUUUAGCUUGUAAUUGAAGAAUAUAUUUUAAUAAAUCUAAGAGACUAGAGAAGAUUGGAGAAUUCGAUUUGAUAUAAACUAAGAUAAAAAUAUGAUUGUAAGCUUUCAGAGUCUAUCAGGAUAUGCUCCUUUUGGGCAACUCCAGGCAGACUUUUUAAUAUGAAGAAAUAUCUUAAAACGUUUUCCCAUAGUUUGAUAUUUUGAUCGAAGUCAUUUGAUAAGAAAUCAAGGCCCCAAAUGUCACGGGUCUUACAUUAAUUAACUACUUUUAGUUUAGGUUAAUUGUCUCCGCGUACUUUUCUUUGCGAAUAUGUUCUUCAUAUAUUGCUCGGGAUAUGGAUUAUACUUAUUUCGAAACUUAUAUGUAUAUAGCUCCGAAGUGAUAGACCCAGUGUUUAUAUUGUCUUUGGUUUGAUUCACUGUCUAAAUCAACUUCCUGUUUGAGGGUUCGGUUCGUAAAGUUGGUUUUCAACAUUCUUUCCAGGCUUUGGUUCAAACUCUAAUUCUUAUAAUGCCUAGAACAAUAUUAAAUUAAUAAAUUAUGCUUGCAAUAUUGCAUAUUUUAUAUUGGAACUGGAUCUUUAUCCGAAACUGGAACCAAACUUUGAGACUGGGUCUUUCUCAAAAAUUGUUAAGCUUAUAUCAAAUUCAUUUUUGUGGACCUAGAAUCUCGACUUUAUCUAUCAAGAAUAUAUAAUA